AUGAGACCCGCGCCGUCCCUCUCUCUGCGCAUCAGCGCCCACGUCACCCACCAUAGCACGCCCAAGCCCAAGGCGUCCACCAUUCAGUCCCCGAUCCCCGCCGCCUACUAUAGGGGCGGCACCUCGCGCGCCGUCUUCUUCCAGCCACAGCAUCUUCCGCAAGAUCGUGCACAAUGGCCUGGGAUCUUCCGGCAAACAAUGGGCAGCGGCGACCUUUUUGGCCGUCAGCUGGACGGCAUGGGAGCUGGCAUCUCCAGCCUCAGUAAGGUUUGCUUAGUGGAGCCGUACGGCAGGAGGAAGGGCAUUGAUGCAGCCCGUGACCUCCUUCAAAAUGUAAAGACUAGAGGCGAUGCUGUGGACGGGAUAGACGUAGACUACACAUUCGUGGGCCUGGGCAUCGAGAACGACGAGGUGGAUGUGGCAGGCAACUGCGGCAACAUGAGCAGUGCCAUCGGUCCCUAUGCGUACAAUGCUGGCUUGCUGCCGCCACGUGUAUAUGCACAGGGCAACGGCGAAGUCACAGUCAGGAUCCGCAACACAAACACUGGCAAACUCAUCAACGCUACCUUCGAUGUUGCUGGUGGACAAGCUGCUGUUGUGGGCAACUACACCAUCGAUGGCGUGACUGGCCCUGGCGCCAAGAUCAAGCUGGACUUCGAGCGGCCGUACGGCAGCAAGACUGGAAAAGUGCUGCCCACUGGCAACAAGGUUGAUCGGAUCCUAGACUACAAGGUCACCUGUGUCGAUGGCGCCAACCCUUGCAUCUUCCUACGCGCAAGUGACGUCGGCGUGGACGGCACCAUUCUACCCAACGACUUCAACAAGCUGCCCGAUAAACUCGCUCUCCUCGAACGUAUCCGCAAAGCUGCGGCAGUGGCUAUGGGCAUCGCCCCCACUGAAGACGCUGUCCCCCGCACAAUCCCCAAGAUUGGUCUCAUCUCCAUGUCAUCAGAGCACUCUGUGCUUUCUGGCCACACACUCCAAACCUCACACACUGAUCUCGUCGUCCGCUUCCUCUCAGACACGCAGCCACACCGUGCCAUUCCACUCACAGCGGCUUUGACCACCGCAAUCGCUGCCCGCAUUCCCGGUACCCUCGUCGAACAGCUGCUCGCACCUGAGCCUGUCAUGGAUGGUGCCAUCACAAUUGGUCAUGCGAGCGGGCGGUUGCAGGUUGACGCCACAAUGGAUGAGAAGGACAAGCUCAUACCUGUCAAUGGGACCGUGUACAGGACAGCGAAACGCCUCUUCGAGGGCACAUCGUUCUGGAUAGACAGCGUAUCGAACACAUCAGCAGAAAGAGCACUGCGGAGCGUGCACGGGACCAACGGCACGCAUUCCUUGGGCAUGGCAUUCGUACUCGAAAGCCGCGGACAAUCUACCAAGGAAUUGUUUGCAGGAGAAGAAGAAGAAGAA